AUGAAAAAGGCACUUAAUAUUGUCUUGAAUCUUGGGUAUAAAGAAGAAUUGAUUGACAUAAUUACUCAUUUCGUUGACCAAAAGAAAUCUAUGCUUGAAAGUACUAGUGCUGAAAAUGUUCAUCUUGAUCAAUCUGAACAAAUAACUGUUAUGGAUCCUUUUGUUACAAAAUAUCAUGAACAGUUACCAAUAAGAAGGUUAAAAGGUUCUUCUGAAAGUCAAGGUCGUAAAGAACUAGCUCAUAAUAAUCAUGCAAUUAAUUCACUAGAUCCUAAUUUGAGGAUACCUUUAUCAAAUGCUAGUUCAAAUAAUAGUAGCUAUAUUGCAGAAGAAAGAUCAGAAUUAUUCAGAGUGACCUUCAAAAGUGCAGGUCACAUGAUAUGUGCUACAGACUUCUUUGAAAAUUGUUAG